AUGGAAACGCAGCCUCGUACCGUAGAUCUUCGGAUGGCUGUAUCCUGUACACAGACUUGCCAACGCGUGCCAACGCACAGUACCAAGGGUACCCUUGGUACGUGCCCAGUACCCUUUCAAGGGUACAUAAAGUACAGCGCAGCACAGAAUCACCGAUCCCUCUCAGAUUGCUCCAUAUACACGUGGACACCUAUGUUGACGUGUAAACGGCACUGGUGUGUGUGCUCAGAUUUUGAUCUUGGACACCACCAACGUCCUUUCAAAACGCACGGUGGAGAUUCACUCUCCCCUCGAAACCGAAACGGUUUCUGGAAAACAUCCGCCAUGCACUCUCCGUUUCUGUGA